AUGUUAGUGUUGUUAUGUUUGGUGUACGCUACAACAAAUGUGGAGACAGUACAGCAAAAAUGUCAUAUGGAACCUACAAAUCAUUCAUUUAGCGGUGUUUUGCAUAUUUCAUUACGUGCUGAUAUAAAACAGUGCAAACGAGAAUGUCUUCUAAUAAGCAGCAGCCAGUGCUCUGGUCAGAGAAUCGAAAGGGAUGAAUUCAGCGAUCACGAUACAAUAAACUUUCUUAGAAAAUGUCGACGUCGUACGGAAGUUCAAACGAUACUUCUUACAAAAGCGUGUUUUAAAGAAUUUCACGGCAGAGUAUUAGUUGGUGUUGUUGACGAGUUCUAUGAGAAUGUAUCGCGAAUGCAAUGUCGGAAAGCUUGUGCUAUUUCAUUAAUUCAAAACAAUGUCUUUUGCAAAGCAGCUAUUUAUUAUCCAAAAGAGAAAGAAUGUAUCAUCUCGUCGCAGAAUCGUUUUGAUCUGCCUGAAUUGUUCAUAGAGGACGCAGCAGCAGUGUAUCUUGAAAAUAGAUGUGCAGACAAUCAGUUUUUGAACACAGCUCAAAAUAAAAUUGAUGCCGAAAAACCAGUACUUCCAUCAAUAAGUGCAAGGAGUUUUUUCAAGAACGAGCAGCUUUCACAAAAUAAUACUAACAACGUUACAUUGAAUAUAAUACCAAAGAAACCUGUAAAGGAAGUUGCAAAACAUAUUAGGCCAGAGCCAUUGCAAAAUAUUGAAAUGUCUGGCUACGAAAUGAGUUUUGAAGAAAACUUGCGCCCAUUUUAUCCGUUAUAUGCAGAACAUAAAGACUCUAACGGUAUGAUAUUCUUGUCAAACGAAAAUCGAGCUCAAAUGGAUGAGUUUCGAACAUUGCGUUUUGUCUAUGGCUAA